UUUUCAACGAACUGCAUGAUCUCGUUUUCCACGGAUUUCAUGGUGGCUUUUUCGCGUGCAUUUGUUUAUCUACUCUUGGGACUGGGAAUGGCUCCGUUUGUCUUGGUGAUUUUGUCGUGUGUCGCAUUUAGCUUCGUCAUUUUUGCAUUAUGUCUACCGUUCACAAUUUUUCCGUUGAUAUUAUCUUGCUGCGUAGCGUACAUAAUCUUUAUGGAUCAAUCCGCUCGAAAAUCCGUUCGUAUCUAUUUGAAAUGGGCAUAUGCAAGUGCCAUGAACUGGUUUAAUCCGAACAUGGAGAAUAUUUCCUCCUUGUCAUCAAUUCGUACCUUCAUUGGAUCAUCGCUGUUGACAAAUAUCGAGCAUGACGACAUUUUAUCGAGUCAUCGAGAAAGGGUUUUGUUUGAGAAAUUUCCGUUUGAAAACGAGGAUUCAGAUGGGACUGUAGACAACGGCGGACACACAAAUGUUCGGAGACUCAUGCGCAUUGUUCGUCCGAGAUUCUUCGCCAUAGACGACUUGGAGAUGAGCGAGCCGAGGAACGUCGAGAACGAUGUUGUGAGCUUGCGUCAGCGUUUUUCUUUGCGAGGAAGCAUCGACGAAGAUGGAGAGGAAAAUGCAUCAUUAUGCGAGAACAGUGUCAUCCGGUCAUUUGACAAAUCUGGAAUGUUGGAAAAGAUGGAAGAAAUGCGAAAGCUGAUGACAUCAAUACGUCGUCGCGUUAACGUUCAAAAUCUAAGCAAUCCCACAGCAAAUGCGCAAUGAUUAUUACGAUACAUAAUAAAGAACGGAACUAAGCAAAUUUGUCUUUAUAUUUCGAUAUAAGUUUAUUUAUUUUUGUCGUGUUUACUUUACUUACUGUGCCGCGUUUACCUUUCACUUUGACUGCAUGCUUGUAAAAUGCGUUUUUUUAUAAGUAUAACCUUGGUAGUGAGGUUAUACUUAGCGAUUAAAUGUCCUCGUAAGCCGAGAGAGGUUGAGUAGCCCAUUUGCCAUGGUGUUAUUUUGUAAUACUACGUUUACUAAUAUUUUAGUCAGUGCUUCACGCACUGUCGACGAUUGAGUAAAUUAGAUGUUUUUUUGUUUUCGGGAAUA